UAUACGUUGGAUACAAUUCUGACAAGCGUCUCCGCGAAUCCGAAGUAAACGGAACUUUUCACCGGGGCCCCUUUCUGCCAUGUUACUACGUUAAUACCGCCAUUUCUGACGAACGAAGCGGUGCUGCUGAUGCGAUUUCCAAAAUGGGAGACGGACAUAUGUCAGAAAUACUCAAGAAACUUGCCCUGGGCCAUGCAUGCAAUAAUUUCAAAAAAGAGAAAAUAACACCUGACAUUGUUGGAAAACUGUCUGUAUUUGAGCUGGAAAUUUUAGGUAUACCAAAUUCUUCGGACAUGAUGAAACUUAGAACUGAAUGUGUAAAGUAUGGUCACUGUCCUCCUGCCAAAGUUACACUAAAUGGUGGGGCCCCAGCCUACGAUAUUCCGAAAUGUACACUCGAGUAUCUUUUAGAUAACGGUUUUCCAAUAUCUGACAUAUCCAAGAUACUUCAAGUUUCUGAAAGAACAGUUUACCGUAGGAUGUGCAUGUAUAAUUUGAGUAAAAUGUCAUUUAGUAACAUUUCGGAUGAACUGCUCGAUGAAAACUUACGAAAAAUAAGUAAAGAUUUCCCUUUUUGUGGUGAAGGUAUGGUAAAGCAAAUGCUGUUUCAGCAAGGUAUUAAAGUGCAAAGAUGGCGUCUCCGGGGUUCCUUGCAUCGCAUAGACUCGGAAGGAGUUUUGGAACGACGUAAAGGACGGCUCCACAGACGCGUGUACAAUGUUAUGGCACCUAAUCACUUGUGGCACAUAGACACUAAUCAUAAGCUUGUUCGGUGGCGGUUUGUAGUAGCAGGCGGUAUCGACGGUUUUAGUAGGAAGAUCAUGUUUUUGAAAUGCUAUGACAACAACAAAUCUGCAACUGUGUUUCAAAGUUUUUUUUCUGGUGUAUGCGAAUAUGGAACACCAAACAAAGUCCGCUCAGACAAAGGUCUAGAAAAUGUAGAUGUGGCAAACUACAUGCUGUCUAACAGAGGAUUAACUGGCAUGAUAACAGGGAAGAGUACCCACAAUCAGCGUAUUGAACGUUUGUGGCGCGAUGUAUACGAAGGUGUUCUAAGUUUUUUUUACAAUUUAUUCUACUAUAUGGAAGAUCAAGGGAUUUUGGACUGUUUGGACAGUACUCAUUUACAAGCCCUUCAUUAUAUAUAUAUGGAUGAAAUUAACAGAAGGCUAUGUGUAUGGACCAAUGCAUGGGAUGCUCACAGAAUGAGAACUGUGAAGACGUCCCCACAAGCGCUGUGGAUUGCUGGGCAAUUACAAAACACAGUUGGUGUUGACGUAGAUGAACAUGAAUUACAGGACUAUGGUGUAGAGGGUUCAAUUCCUGAUGUUCUGCUAGAAACUGCGCAGAAUGAAAGGCCCAUAUUUAGUCCUCUGUCCGAACUUAAUGACCGGUGCAUACAGAUAUUGACACAGGAAGUUGGUUCUCCUAGCUUUAAUGUGAAUUUUGGAAUUGGCGAUUAUAAAACCUCUUUGAGAGUGAUACGUUUAUACAACAGUCAAUGAUGUAACUCAAGUGAGAGGCUGUUUGGAAUCAGCUGUUUGUUUCAUAUUUAAGAAAAGGUAUGGUCUCAAAAAUAAAGAACUAAACAUGAGGCACAUGGGGCCUGCAUCGCUAACCUGGAUAUUUCAGUGAUAAGUGCAAAGCACUAUAUUAAGUUAUAUACACGUAUUACAAAUACUUUCCCUAUUUUGGGAUUUACCUCUCAUUACCAUGUAUUGCACUUUCUUUUAACUAGCUUUUAGCUUUCUGGUUCAAAAUAAGAUUGUAAGCAAAUUAAGUUGAAAAGCACUCAACAUAAGUCAUGAAUAACCAAUUGACUUAUUUUAUUGGGUCCCACACAUCUGCCUCUGGUGGAAUUGAGAUUAGAAUCUGUAUAUAUGCAAUAAAAAGAUUGUUUAACUUGUGUGCAUAAUAACAGUAGUAGUAGUAAUGUCGCAGAAAUACUAUUUUAUAAAAAGAAUCUGUAAUUUUUCUAAUCCGGAUGUAUAAAGGCAAGAUACUGUUACCUAUAUUCGUAUAUAAUUAUUCCCCGCUUUCACCGAAAUGGGGGAUAUUAAUUUCGGUCUGUCUGUCACGCUUCGUUUCCGUGCA